AUGCUCCUGGUGCAUCAUUGCUGGGCAACGCGACCAAGCCACUGGAAUGAAAAUCAAUUGUCAACACAGUCUGGUUCCAAGAUUUGGGUCGAUCCCGAGACGCCACAAGAAGUGCAUGCUUGGGAGACGUCUCGCGGCGAUACGUGGGAGCUAGUGAUGAGUGAUGAAUUUAACACUCCUGGGCGAUCAUUUCGACCUGGAGAUGACCACAUGUGGACUUCGAUCGAGAAACCCGACGGCGUCAAUGCAGCGAUGGAGAUUUACGCCCACAAUAAGACUACGACAGCAUGCGAUGAGUCACAUGGUGUGUGCAGCUUUCAGAUCGAAUUGGAAGAGAGUGUGAUUCAGCUUCGGGUGUGGAACGGCUUUCUAAGUACUCCAGGUUUCCAAAAUGUUACUUUCUUCUAUCGCGGUGGCAUGGUCCAGUCUUGGAACAAGUUUUGCAUGCAAGGCGGGUUGGUUGAGAUCCGGGCACAACUCCCAGGAGCGUUGUCCGAGUCUUCUGGCAAUCCUGACAUUAGCUUGGACUCAAGUGGUCGAGCUCAGUCUCUGCGGUACUACCCCGCUUGGCCUGGAAUCUGGAUGAUGGGAAACCUCGGUCGUGCGAUCUUCAGCGGCUCAACGAACAGAAUGUGGCCGUUCUCUUACGAUGCGUGCGACCCUGACACGUUUGAUCCCAAGAAUCAGCGCAUAAGUGCAUGUGAUGCUGACCCUGGGUCUGGCAUGAAUCCGCAUCAAGGCCGUGGUGCGCCUGAGAUAGAUAUCCUCGAAGGUGGGGGUACAAGCGUGUCGAUUUCGAUCCAAGUGGGACCUGGAAUGCCGCCCGAGUUCCGGAUUAUCAAACCGGUCGGUGAAAACGAGCUGUGCGUGUAUUCAAGUUCUUGCCAAACUCCAGGAGCCAACGUUCCGGGAAUGCCAGAGAGUUUGUAUGCCAAAUCGCGUGGACAUGAGUCAUGGUACCAAAGCUUGCGCUAUGCUGCAAACAAUUUCUGUGAGCGAAAUGCAAGUCAACAACAAUCGUUCGCCACGGUGGAUGCCUCUCUGGACGCUGGAAUUGAGGACAAUACAUGCUCGGUCACGACAUGCCCCGCAUCUUAUGACAUUAACUCCGAUUUAGGCUUUAUGAACGACAACAACGAUGAUCGAUGGGGCAUCAACUUGAAUGGGACGUGUUUCUCAGCCAUAAAUUCAUACAUGGGCGAGUUUAUCUGCAGCGCUGGUAACCCGGAUCCGAGAUGUGAACCGUUAGAGGAUGGACAAGAACCGCGGGUGGACGAAUCGUCUUUUGCUUUUCAAAUUGAUGCAUUGUCCGCCAAUUGGCCCGUGCACAUGGCAGCGUAUACAGAGUAUGUCGAGUACCAAGUCGAGUGGGUCCCAGGCCCGGAUGGUUAUGUUCGGUGGAUGCUGGCAGGGAAUCCACUGUAUGAAAUCCCGGCCCAAGCAGUCACGAAUCCUCCGCAAGGAGCGAGUGUUAAGAACCCCGCCAAGGUCAUGAUUGAGGAGCCUUUGUACCUCAUAUUUAACGUAGCGAUGUCGAGCAAGUGGGGUGCGCAACCACCGAAUCCAAAGCUUCCGUGUCGUGGGGAUGGAAUGGACCCGGUUGCCAACCAAAUUUGUGACGCACUUCCGAUGUACUUGAAGAUCGACUACAUUCGGGUGUACCAAGAUGUAUCACCAACUUCUACGAUGAGCUUGGGAUGUGAUCCGGAGACAUACCCGACGCGUCAGUGGAUCUUUGAUCACCGGGAGGAAUACGAAGAUGAAGAGAACAAGCUCGUGGAAGUGCAUGGCAAAGCCUUUUGUCGAACUGAUCUGGAUUGCACCACCCGAACAACACACCGUCACUUAGACAGCAGCGAAGUCCCUGUUGUAUUGACGGGCAGAUGCGUGAAGAAGCGUUGUGUGUGCUUGAGUGAGACGUGGACAGGUCCACGUUGUAUCGUUCCUCGCAACCCGAGCGCUAUCUCCUUCGGCCCUCCAAUCGUGGUGGCAGCAUGUGUUGGCUCGAUUUUGUUCGUGCUUGGAUUCGCCUCUUGCGUCGCUAUUUGCUUUCCACGCAAAGUUGAAGACGAAGCUGUGGAAACCGAGCACAAGGCGAAGAAGAAGCCGCAGCAGCGACCGCAGUAUGAGCUUCUUCGUCGUCAAUCCAGUCGAAACCUGCAUAGCUCUUGGAUGUCUGAGUAA